GACAUGUUUGUCAACAUUUAAUUAUUCUACAUGGUUGUUAUUGAAGAGUGCAAAGUUUAUCAUAAAAUUUAACAUUCAAUUAACUGUAAUAUAUUAUUCGCAGCUAUGUCUGUAGUUUCGAAAGUGAGAGGGUUUUUUUAUAGACACAAGAAUAAGUUUGUCGUUGGGGGAGCGUUAAUAUCUGGAACAAUUUUGUUGUCGAAGUAUGCCCAACACAGGCUAAAAGAAUGGAAGGAAAGGGAAACUAUAGAAUUUUUCGAUAGGAACCGCAAGCAAAAUCACUUUGAUAGUAUAGUGAAAACUAGCAAUCAAACUUUUUCUAAUUUUUCAAUAGCAUUGCAAGAUUUGAUAUCUGAAAUAAUCAAUGCAGAUGAUAUAAUAAACCAAUUGACCAAAAAUCCAGAAAACAAAAUCGAAUUGUGGAACAAUUUGAAAGUGCUAGUUUUCACGAAAGUGGGAUGCUUAAUUUAUUCUACUGCAAUGCUAGCCAUUUUUGUAAAAAUACAAUUGAUGAUUAUCGGUGGUUAUUUGUAUAAAGAUCCAAACAGUGUACCUACAGAAGUUCAAGAGAAAUAUUUAUCAUUGUGCCAAAAUUUUCUCAAUUUUGGAGUAAAGAAGUUAGCUAAUAUUAUAGAAAACGAGGUUUUCAAGUAUGUAGGUAUAUUAGACCUGACAAAGCAAUUAAAACUGAGUGAUAUAGAAAGUAUUUAUUGGUCAGUGCAAGUAUCACUAGCAUCAAAUAAAGAUGGACCAAUUGAGCAAUUAAGAAAGUACAUACUUACCGACGAUGACCUGCCGAAUUCCAGUGACAUUUACGACAGUAUGAUCAACGAUACAGCUGAUUUCCUAGACAGCGAUGAAGUUAAAUCAUUAGCAACUCAUUGCAUCAACCAAGGUUUCAAUUUGCUAAGUGAUCAACUAGCAGAGUUUUAUACUAAAGAUAACGUCACGUCUACCAGUGAUACAAAUGACCCAUUCACAAAUCCCUUCGAUCUAACAAAACCCCUAGCUAAAUUACUACCUUUAAUGAAUCGUUCAAUGGGGAAACAGUCUUUUCCCCAACUGUUUGUUCAACAAUUAAUGUCAAAUAAUAAACUUCAAAUAUUGAGCGCGAACGUUUAUGAAAGUUUGUUAUAAUUUUUAGGAAUUAAAGUUUGUGUUUUACUUU